CCACACAAAAAGAUCUAGUAUUCUUUUUUCCAUCUAGCUAGCUAAUUUCAAGAUUGUCAAUCACUAUUAUUCAGUCUUUCUAGUGUUUUUGGAGGUUCAAUUAACUUAAAAAGUAGAAAUAAUGGGGAGAGAAAUUGUGAAAGCAGAAUCAGUUGAGGAGACAAACUUCAACUGGCCAUCAGAUUCAUCAUCAACAACAUCCUCUUUCGAUGAGGAAAACAGGAUGCCUUUGUUGGCUUUGAACCAUGUUUCCUAUGUCUGCAAGUCUGUUGCCAAAUCUGCCCAAUUUUAUGAACAAGUCCUUGGUUUUGUCCUCAUCAAGAGACCCUCUUCCUUUGACUUUGAUGGAGCUUGGUUAUUCAACCAUGGAAUUGGAAUACAUUUAUUAGGGAAAGAAGACGUACAAUCAAAGAAAGGGAAAAUUAAUCCAAAAGACAAUCACAUUUCAUUCCAAUGCACAGAUAUGGACCUUAUCAUUCAGAUAUUGGAGCACAUGGACAUUGAAUAUGUUACAGCUACUGUGAAAGAAGGAGGAGUUACUGUGGAUCAACUCUUUUUCCAUGACCCUGAUGGCAAUAUGAUUGAGAUUUGCAAUUGCCAUGUUUUACCUGUUCUUCCACUUUCUUCUUGCCCUCUCAAGAAGAUGGCUAAUCCAACCUUCAACCAAACGAUGCCACAUGCCUUUUAUGGAAAUGGAACAGCAAAUGCAAAGAUGAACUGCGCUGGAGAAGUUGAAUCUCUUAUGAUGGAAAAUUUAGCAUUGGACAUGAUAGACAUUUCUUUUUGAGUGAUGGAUAUAGAAAAAAGAAUGAUUUUGUCCCUUUUUUGGCCACCUCAAUCAUACCCUAAAAAUCCUUUUUGUAAUGUCAUUAUGUAUUAGUAUGUGCAGAGAGGUGUGAAAGAGCAUAUAUAAAUAUAAUAUUGUACUCUAGGAUUUUGUGUUUAUGUUGAUGCCAUGAUUCUGGCUGUCCAUGUCAAAAAAUAAAUGACAGAAGGCAUGUUAUGUGUUCUAAGGAA